AUGAAGGAAACCAGAGAUCUUCUCUUCUACAACGAGAACUCCAUCGACUUCAACUUCUCUCCAGAAGAGAUGGACACCCAUCAAAUGAUGUGUGUCAACAAUGACAGCCAACAGGACACAUCGUUCCUCACAGCUACUACUUGCAUUUUUGACUUCCAGAAGGACAUCUAUGACGACCAAAACCUGAUGUCCUUCGACCCCUUCUUUCCACAGCAGCGAGAUAUGGCUUUGUGGAUUGCUUCAGUGGGAAAUGGGGCUAUCGAUUGGAGUACUAAACCUCAACUGACUCUUUCAAAGAAGAUCCCUGACGUCGUCAACGAAAAAGGAGAGGAGAUAACCCCUGCUGACCUACAACGCCACUAUGCCGAUAAGCAUGUCGCCAAACUUCCAGAUCAUUCCUGCGAUCUUUACUACCUUCUAUUCAAGCAUGCCAAAUUCGAGGCUACCACCCUGAGGAUCCCAUUGUCACUCCUCAAUGACAACGGUACAGGAGCACUUGGCCCAUUCGACGAGAUCAGAUCGUUGACGGAUGAAGAACAACGUCUUCUUACUCUGCUUAAGACAAUUUCACAUUACAGCUGGGUCACUAAACAUGCGACCAAAGACUGUACGGGCCAACUGCUUGACCUGUGCAAAGAGGGCCUCCAGCUUGUGGAAUCUAUCCAGGUUAACAAAACUUUCAACGGUGUCAUUCUGCAUAUCCUAGUCGCCUACUUUGGGAGAAGAUCUACUGCUCUAAGAGAUGAGUUUCAACUGCACAAGCUCUUUCUUGAACAACGGCUUGACAUUGAGUUGGAAAUCUUGGCCCAACAUGGAGGCGCUGACGCCAUUGAUUCUGAAAAGCUGCGGAAGGUCAAGAAACUGAGCGAACUGUGGGAGUGGUUCAAUGCCAUCCCGUACAACCACCACCCUAGCGUCUCUCAGAUCGAGUUUAUCGCUUCUCAGAUCGGGGAGAAAGUAAGUUUCGUGAAAUCCUGGGUUGCAAACAAGCGACGAACUGGGGCCAAGAAGAGAUCCAAGAAACCGGCACCUUCGACACAGAUUAGACCUGCAUUGAAGGUAUUCUUGGAGAAGAAGCCAUUUGUGUCUCGCCAAGUUGUGUAA